CAUCCAUACGCAUGAGGUGUCACAGGACUACAGGAGACACAAUGGUUGAGGAACAAAUGAAUAUCCUCACUAAGCUCACCAAAUGCAGAUUGGAAAGGAGUUUGUGAGGCAAAACAGCUUCUACAAAUGUGUGAUAAAUGAGGAGGAAACAGACCUGGAUUCUGCAGAUGUGUUUGAGUUGGCUUUCAAAGGGAAGGCCUUUGCCAUCGACCACCGGAGCCGGAAAAGUCCGGAACAGCUAAGCUUCAGGGAUGAAAAUGGAGCUAGUCCACUACACUAUGCUUCAGCCGGAGGAAACGUGGACAUAAUUCGCCUCAUUGUUUCUGUCGUGGGCCCUGAGGAGCUGAAUGUACAGGAUGAGCAGGGGAGAACUCCCCUGCACUGGGCUGUAGAGCAGGAUCAACAGCAGAGCUGCAUGUUACUGCUGGAACUGGGCGCUGACCCCAACAUCCUCAACGGCGCCAUGAUGGGCCCUCUGCAUCUGGCUGUCACAAAGAGAUACAAUCAUCUAGUAGAGGUCCUUUUUCAGUCCUGUGACAAAACAGAUGCCAAUCUGGAGGGGGAUCUGGGAAACACCCCUGUGAUGAUGGCCUGCUGCACUAAUAACUGCCAAGCUAUUCAGUUUCUGUUCAAACAUGGUGCCAAGAUGUGUAUUCAGAACAAAUUGGGUCACUACUCUAUCCAUACGGUUGCUUUUGCAGGUGCCAAAGAGGCCAUGGAGCUGGUUUUGGAAAUUGGAGAAGAACUGGGCCUUUCCACUUCAGUGCACAUUAAUUAUUUGGAUAAAACCAAAAGUACCCCCCUCCAUCUGGCUGUACGUGGGGGCAACAUUGAGGUGAUCAAACUUUGCAUCAUUAAAGGAGCCAGAGUGGAUCAGCAACAGUGUGACAAAUCCACGGCCCUCCACUUUGCCUGCACUCAGGGUGCUCUGGAAGCCGUCAAAAUCAUGCUUUCUUCUUACAACAAAGUGGAAGACAUCAUCAACAUCACGGAUGGAGCCAAUCAGACCCCCUUACAUAGAGCCACGUUGUUUGAUCAUGUCGAGUUGGCUGAAUAUCUUAUUUCAAAGGGAGCAGAAAUUGACUGCACUGACUGUAAGGGACUGUCUCCUCUGCUGAUGGCCUCCAAAUGCUGUGCUUGGAAAACAGUUGCGUUUUUGCUGUCAAUUGGUGCCGAUUUCAGAAUCAAAGACGAAACAGGUCGCAACUUCCUCCACUUUGUCGUUCUUCAACCAAAAGGGCUGAAAAAUCUUCCCGAGACAGUCUUACAGUGUAACGCCGUGAAGGAGAUGUUGUCUGAUGAGGAUGUUGAAGGCUGCACUCCUCUGCACUACGCCUGCAAACUUGGCAUCCACGAUUCGGUCAAAAAUAUGCUGGGUCUCAAUAUCUUUGUGGGUCAAAAGUCACGGGAGAAGAAAUCAGCUCUUCACUUCGCUGCAGAAUAUGGGCGUAUAAACACAUGUAAAAGGCUGCUGGAGACCCUCACAGACUCUAAAAUGCUGAACGAUUGGGAUGAAAAGGGUCUGACGCCCCUCCAUCUUGCUUCAAGGGCAGGACACACUCAAGUUGUGGAGCUGCUGCUCAGAAGUGGUGCGCUUUUUCAAAGUGAUUACAAAGGCUGGUCCUGUUUACAUCAUGCUGUGGCUGAGGGAUACACACAGACAAUAAAAAUUCUCCUGGUAGCCAAUGUCAAACUACUGGACGAAACGAAUGAGGAUGGGAACACGGCCCUUCACAUAGCUGCACAAGCGGGACAUGUAGGUGCUGUUUUGCUGUUAUUGGACAGAGGAGCUGAAAUCACUCUCAACAAUGCUGACAACUCUUUUUUGCAUGAAGCUGUGCGUAAUGAGAAAAAAGAUGUAGUGAACGCUAUCAUCGAAAGUGAGAGGUUUGCCGAGGCAAUAAAGUCAUUUAAAGCGACAUCCCGCUGUGCCGUGAUGGACAUCAUAGAGUUUCUCCCAGAGUCUUUCAGGCAUCUUCUGGACCGGUGUAUUUUAGAGUCUGAUCAUGAUGCCAACAGUUCAGAUUAUCAUAUCAAGUAUGAUUUUCGGUGGCUUCAAGCUCCUAUACAGCUAAAGAAGUAUGCCAAAACAGACAAAACAAUGAAGUUCCAACCUUUGGCAGCUGUGAAUGCCAUGGUGCGGUACAACCGUCUGGAGCUCCUCACUCACCCCGUGAGCCAAAAAUACCUGGAGAUGAAGUGGAAGGCGUAUGGAAGCAAGGUUCAUUUGCUCAACCUGGCUGUCUACCUGCUUGGCUUGUUGCCCCUCACAUACCUCAUCCUCAAUCUGAGACCGAAGCAGGAAGUUUUUGGCAACAACACAUCUGUCAUCAUGGUGCCCGUAUCUUUUAGAGAGCAAAAAUGUUUAAUCUCAGUCUGUAUAAUCAUGGUGCUUGUCUUGAAUGUGUAUUCCGUUUGCAAAGAGCUGGCGCAGUUGGCUCAGCAGCAAAUAAAUUACUUCACGGACUUCUCGAACCUUGCUGACUGGUGUGCAGCUAUUAGCUCUUUAGUCUUUGUCAUUCCCAUGUGCUUCAAUCUAGAGAACACUUGGCAAUGGGAGGCUGGAGCUUUCGCCAUUCUGACUUCAUGGAUCGGCUUCCUGCUCUACUUUCAGAGGUUUGAGCGAAUUGGAAUUUACGUGGUGAUGUUUGGUGGAAUCGUUAGGACCCUGGUGUGCAUCAUGAUUCUCUUUAUCUUCCUAUUGCUCGCAUUUGGAUUGGCCUUCUACGCUUUGAUGCUCCACCAGGAUGAGUUCAGCUCCAUCAGCCUUGCUCUAGCCCAGACGUUUGUGAUGACAGUGGGAGAGCUGAACUACCAGAGCACAUUUCUGCACGCUUAUGAAAACAGCCGCAUGGCGUUCCCCGGGGUCACCUAUUUUAUUUUUGUGCUCUUUGUGCUUCUCAUGCCUAUUCUUCUCAUGAACCUAAUGAUUGGUUUGGCAGUAGGAGAUAUCGCAGAGGUACAGAGAAAUGCAGAGUUGAAGAGAAUAGCCAUGCAGAUAGAUCUUCACACUGCCCUUGAGGAGAAGCUACCUUACUGGUUCCUGAAGCGAGUGGACAAACCAUCUAUCACCAUCUAUCCCAAUAAAUGCAAGAAAGUGCUGAUGCAGGCGCUCAUUGAUGGUGAGAUCCAAAACACAGUUCGCACCCGUCUGAACCUCUGCUCGCGGCAGGGAGGGCCUCUGGAGAGAGAGCUGCACAAGCAAAAGAACAGGUUGAAAGUGAUGUCCUGUUUGCUGGAGAAACAGCAUAACCUGCUCAAGCUGAUCAUCCAGAAGAUGGAAAUCACUUCUGAGGCUGAUGAAUACGACGGCCCACAUAACCCUAGAGCUCUGAAACAGCCCACUUCCUCCUCAUCGCAGAAGUCAAAGUGGGUCCCGCUGCUGCAAGCCAUUAGGGCAAAGAAGUAAUAUUAGAGAUGAUGACAUCAUGUGUCAAUAUAAGCCAAAUACCCCGCCAUCAUUACUUAUAUUGGCUAUAUUUUGUUGUGAUUUAGUAUAUAG